UUUAUAGUUGUGAGAGUGAGGGCCCUCUCUCCAUUCGAGGACAAACUCGCGAGUUGUUGAAAGAGGACACAAGUGCAAAAUGAUUCGAUUAUUUUCAUUCGUUACGUUGUUUAUUUUGGUGAGUGUUCGAGAGGUGACAAAAGCUGAUGUCUUCGUGCAAGCACCAAACCGAGGAGCAACUCUGAAACCCAUAUCAGUCUGCUGUGAUAUACCUGAAAUAGGAGAUCCAAAACAUUUAGCAGAAUGCUCAAAUCCGAGACCAAUUGGACCAUGUAACGAUGUACAAUGCGUCUUCGAGAAAUCAGGUUUUCUUGUCGACAAAAAUACUUUGAAUAAGGAAUCGUAUAAGAAACAUCUUCUAAAGUGGCUUGAAGAUAACAAGGGAUGGACAGGAGCUAUAGAAAAAGUCAUUAACGAUUGUGUGGAAAAGGACAUUCGACAGUACCUUGAUUAUCCCUGCAAAGCUUACGAUGUGUUCGCGUGUACUGGGAUCGCAAUGUUAAAGAAAUGUCCCAAUGAGUUUUGGAAAUGCUGAUUUUGGAUAUUAAAAAUAAAUAUUUUUAAAAAC